UGAGCACUGCAUUCUGGGUAAACUGUCUCAAAAAUUUGAAGAGCGCAUGCGUGGGCCAGCUUCUUCCUUUUACCUCGUUGCACUGCUGAGAGCAAGAUGGGUCACCAGCAGCUGUACUGGAGCCACCCGCGAAAAUUCGGCCAGGGUUCUCGCUCUUGUCGCGUCUGUUCAAACCGGCACGGUCUGAUCCGGAAAUAUGGCCUCAAUAUGUGCCGCCAGUGUUUCCGUCAGUACGCGAAGGAUAUCGGUUUCAUUAAGAGACAGGGUCUCCCUCUGUCGCCCAGGUUGAAGUGCAGUGGCGUUGUUACGGCUCACUGCAGCCUCGAACUCCUCCUGGUCUCAGGCGAUCCUCUUGCCUUGGCGUCCCGAGUAGCUGGGACUAAAGGCGCUUGUCACCACGCGCGGCUGUACCUAGAUAUUUUCUAACCAAAUAUAUGUAUUAACCGCUGACCCCAAGUUUUUUUUUUUUUUUGAGUCGGAGUCGCACUCACCCAACCUGGAGUGCAAUGGCGUGAUCUCGGCUCAGUGCAACCUCCGCCUCCCCGGUUCAAGCGAUUCUCCUGCCUCAGCCUCCUGAAUAGCUGGGAUUACAGGCGCCUGCCACCAUGUCCGGCUAAUUUUUUUAUUUUUAGUAGAGACGGGGUUUUACCAUGUUGGUCAGGCUGAUCUCGAACUGCUGACCUCGUGAUCCGCCCGCUUCGGCCUCCCAAAGUGCUGGGAUUACAGGCGUGAGCCACCGCGCCCGGCCAACCCAAAAUGUUUGAAAGCGUCAUGCACUGGAAUGAACUUAAAGUUUGGGGCCAGAAAGACAUUGUUAAGAUUCAGCAAACAAUGGUCUGCCAUUUAGUGCUUCUAUCUCUUGAUGAUCUUAGUCAAGCUAAUGUUUAUAUGAAACUUUUGACUGUGUGAAACUUUUGGCUUCUAAAAAUAUUUUAAAUAGUAGUUUGGGUUUUUUUUUUUAAGGUGAAAACGAAUUUAUUAUUGGCUCUUUGAGAUACAAAUCACCAGCUUUCUGAUUCUUAUUUUGUAUUGGAUAGUACUGUUCUAUAAUGAUGUAAAUUUUUUUUUUUUUUUUUGAAAUUGGGUCUCCCUCUGUUUCCCAGGCUGGAGUGCAGUGGCGUGAUCUCAGCUCACUGCAACCUCCCCCUCCCGGAUUCAAGCGAUUCUCCUGUCUCAGCCUCCCGAGUACCUGGGAUUACAGGCGUCUGCCACCACACCCGGCCUAUUUUUACUUUUGGGGAGAUGGGAUUUCACCAUGUUGGCCAAGCUGGUCUUGAGGUCCUGACCUCAGGAGAUCGGCCUGCCUUGACCCCUCAGAGUGCUGGGAUUACAGGCGUGAGCCACGGCGCCCUGUCUGUUGUAAAUUGUUAAUAUGAAUUCUGCAGUGCAGCAGGGACAGAGAAAGUACGUUUAAACUCAGGCUUGGCAGCCCUGAGCAAAUACUUCAUCAGUAUAAGCUUCUUGUUAAAAUGAGGAGGUUCGCCUAAUUCGAGAGGUAGUAUAUCAUACGUAAGAAAAUGGACCUUGGCCCACGCCCUAGUUCUGUGUCCUAGAUGAACUGGGCCAGGCGAGGUGCCUCACACCUGAAAUCCCAGCACUUUGGGAGGCCGACAAGGUGGGCAGAUUUCUUGAGCCCAGGGUUUCCGCAACAAGCCUUGCCAACAUGGCGAAAACCUGUUUCUACAAAAAUUAGCCUUGUAUGAUGAUCCGCACCUGUGGUCUCAGCUACUCAGGAGGCUGAGGUGGGAGAAUCGCUUGAACCCAGGAGGCUGAGGUUGCAGUGAGUGGAGAUGGCUCCAUUGCACUCCAGUCCAGGAGACAGCGAGACUGUCUCCAAAAAAAAAAAAUGAUGAACUGUGUAAUUAUAGUUGCCUACUGAACAACUAUCCUGUGCAUUUGGUAAAGAUCAUUUACUAGUGUUUUGGGAAACAUUACUUUGAUGGAAGAAGUGCGAUAGCGUUACUAAAAAUCGUUCUAAAACAUGGUUGAUUCUGGAGUAGGCAUUCAGUAAAUAUUUAAACUACAUAGAAUCUGGUGUGGUUUGGAUAGGUCAAAGGUCCAGUUCUGUAAUUCUAUAACAUUCUAUAAUGAGCCUUUUUUUUUUUUGUGAGAAUCAAGUAGAGAUUUAAAGCAUUUUGAAAUAAAUCAUCUGCUUUUUUUUUUUCAGUUGGACUAAAUGCUCUUCCUUCAGAGGAUUAUCCGGGGCAUCUACUCAAUGAAAAACCAUGAUAAUUCUUUGUAUAUAAAAUAAACAUUUGAAAAAACC